GGCGCGUGUCACUUUCCAGGGUGCUGAACGGAAAACGACAUUUCGUCGUAAUAGUAAGGUAAUACCACCCGCUAGUUGGAUCAGCUGUUAUUUUCCAAGCAGCACAAUGAGGAGACAGGAAAACCAGCCAGCCAGGCCAACAGCAGGCUGCCUGUCGGUGCCGCUCUUUAACCAGAAGAAAAGAAACAGAGUUCCUUUGACAUCUGCUCCCUCUGAGAACGAGUUCUUCUCCCACAGUGAAUACAAAGCAAGCACCAGCUCAGCGGCAUAUCACAGCACACCAGGUACCUAUGGAUGUUACCAGGCCUCAAGUCCGUCCUCUGGUGCUUCACAAAGCUACCAGUGGAACAGGCAGGACAUCCCACCAUCUACUCCGCCCCAGCAGUAUGGCAGCAACAGACCUGCUCCUGGAUCUGCCCCUGCAAUGAGAACCUAUACACCCAUAACCCAUCCAUACAAAAUUGGAGGCACAAGCUGUGAGAUGGGAAAGCCCAUCAACUCAAUGAGACAACUGGAUUUUAGCCCCAGGGGUAACUCCGGACAGAGCAGAUAUCAAGCCCCCCACAUCAGUGAGAGGGCACAAAUUAAGCCAAUAGCCCAUCCUGAUUUUUCUCAGAAGGGUCAGCAGUCAUCUUACCGAGCGCCCAAUCCCACACAUCAGUAUUCUCAGCAGCCCAGACCUCUGCCCGCUCCUGUCCCACCACCCAGCAGGCCCUCUGCGCAGCCACAAAACAACUCCUGGAAGUUUACGAGCAGUUUUGGGCCACAGAAAUCCCCCUCUGAGGGAAACAGGAGCACAAUUCAACCUCAGACUGUGCGAAAAUCUCAAACUCAGGACACAUUUCCGAUGAAGCCAGCCGUUGAGAACUCACUGCGGAUCCUGACUUCAGUGAUUGAUGGCAUGAGACACUGGAGCCAGUUCAAAGACAAAGUCCCAUACCUGUUUGAGAUAUUUGCUACUCUAGACUCAGCGGUCACUGUGGGUCGUCACGGAGCCAAGAACUUCCUCAUGAGAGAUGGGAAGGAGGUUGUGUCGUGUGUCUUCUAUGAGAAUGUGAGUUGGGAAACAAGCUUCCUCUUAAGAAGUAAAUGGAAUGAAUGUCAUGUGAUGUCGGGGUAG